GUUUGGCAUUGACAACAUUUUGUGCCCAUACAGAUUAUGGGCAUAUCAGAAGAAGUCAAACUGGAGGAAUUACCGCACGAAGCCAAAUUAGCUCAUCAGGAUGCUGUUCCCGAUCGUUCGGUUUCCUGUAUUGUAGCUACUGGGGCCAGUGGCGGUACCAAUAGUCCUGUCUCCGAUGCCAAUAGUGAUGGUGAACUGGACGAUUAUGCACCAAAGCGCAAACAGCGUCGUUAUCGUACGACAUUUACAAGUUUUCAAUUGGAGGAGUUGGAGAAGGCAUUUUCACGCACCCAUUAUCCAGAUGUAUUUACAAGAGAAGAGCUUGCAAUGAAAAUUGGUCUAACGGAAGCUCGUAUUCAGGUUUGGUUUCAAAAUCGUCGGGCCAAGUGGCGCAAACAAGAAAAGGUGGGUCCUCAAUCCCACCCCUAUAAUCCCUAUUUGCCCAGCGGUCCUGGAACAAUACAGACGGUAGUCGGUUCCGCCCUGCCACCGAAUCCGUUUACACAUUUGGGUUUUGCCAAUUUACGAAAACCCUUUGAUGCCCAUGCCAAUAUUGCCGCCUUCCGUUAUCCCCAUUUGGCUGGAGCUCCCAUGAUGUCGGGCUACUUUAAUCAAUUUCAAAGAGCACCACCACACAUGUUGCCGCCGGGAAUGGCAACCAUGUAUUCACCAUCUACUUCAUUUCAAUCGCUGUUGGCCAAUAUGACAGCUAUGCCCCGACCACCACAGAUAGCUGCCAAGCCGCCAAUGUUAAUUGGUUCGCCGGAUUUACAUUCCCCCAAUCAUCUGAUUGCCUCUCCACCCACAUCACCAUCAUCUGUAACCUCACAACCAGGUGCUUCGGUUGCGGUCGCUUCCUCGCAACACUCGCCAGUAGUUGGCCUUUCGCUGGUUCACACGUCAAUGCCGCCGGCUGUGCAAGCACCACCACCGCCCAAUGUGCCUCAGUCGAAUGUCGUUAUGUCGCAUCACUCGCCCCAACAUCAAUCCAAUGCCGCCGGCACAGCAGCUGGCAAUGUCAUACGCUCUGGCACACCGCCGGAAGAUCGUCGCUCCUCAUCUAUUGCUGCCUUGCGACUGAAAGCACGAGAACAUGAGCUUAAAUUGGAAAUGUUGCGUCAAAAUGGUCACAACGAUGUGCUUAGCUAAUGUCG